AUGAAGAAGCAGUUUGCUACAGAAUUAAACCUAGGGAAAUCGUUAACAGAAUGUACUUUCAUCCGCUCUGCUGGAGGUGCUAUCGGGCACCCGGGCGGGCGGGAGUCUCCCUCCGGUUCCCACUGCCCUCCCCCCCCCCACCCCUCCCGAGCCGCGAGUUCCCAGGAGACCCUUGACCAGAGCUCACAUACUAUCCGGGGCAUGGAGCUGAGGGGGCCAGUCCGGGAGCCCUGCGCCCUGAUUCUCGCCCAGAGAAACGGGCAAUAUGAGUUAAUAAUCCAGUUGUACCAGAAGGAACAGCAUGUUCAAGAUAUCAUUCCUAUAAAUAGCCACUUUAGAUGUGUUCAAGAAGCAGAAGAAACUCUUUUGAUUGAUAUAGCUUCAGACAGCGGCUGCAAAAUUCGAGUUCAGGGGGCCUGGACCAGAGAGCGCCGCUUUGAAAUUCCCGAUGAGGAGCACUGUUUAAAGUUUCUCUCAGAUGUCUUCGCUGCUCAGGAAGCUCAGUCAAAACUUCUUAUUCCAGAGCAAAAGGAUUCAUCCAGCUGGUAUCAGAAAUUAGAUACUAAAGACCAGUCAUCUGAUAUUACAGGGCUUCUUGGAUUUGAGGAUAACUUUGCCUCCAUGAAUUUGGACAAGAAAAUAAGUUCACAAAAUCAUCCUCCGGGGAUUCAUCGGGAACCACCACCACCACCCCAUUCCAUGGGUAGAAUGCUUCCACGUGAAAAAGAAACAUCUAGCAAGGAACAGCCUAAAGUGACCAACACCAUGCGGAAGCUCUUUACACCUAAUACUAAUACUUCCCCUUCCGUCCAGCGGGAAGGUAUCAUCAAACAUAUCCUGGCAAAGCGAGAGAAAGAAUAUGUCAACCUUCAGACUUUCAGAUUUUUUGUUGGAACUUGGAACGUGAAUGGCCAGUCUCCAGAUAGUGGGUUAGAACCUUGGCUGAACUGUGAUCCGACUCCUCCUGAUAUCUACUGCAUUGGAUUCCAGGAGCUGGACUUGAGUACAGAAGCCUUUUUCUACUUUGACUCUGUGAAAGAACAGGAGUGGACCAUGGCUGUAGAGAGGGGCUUGCAUGUUAAAGCCAAGUAUAAGAAAGUCCAGCUAGUCCGCCUUGUUGGGAUGAUGCUCCUGAUAUUUGCCAAGAAGGAUCAGUAUCAAUAUAUCCGUGAUGUUGCUGCAGAAACAGUUGGAACUGGAAUCAUGGGGAAAAUGGGGAACAAAGGUGGAGUAGCUGUGAGAUUCGUUUUUUACAACACAACCUUUUGCAUUGUCAAUUCCCACCUGGCUGCCCAUGUGGAGGACUUUGAGAGGAGGAAUCAAGAUUAUAAGGACAUUUGUGCACGAAUGAGCUUCAUAGUCCCAAACCCAGUGGGCCCAAAUCCAACUGCUCCACAGCUGAACAUCAUGAAACAUGAUGUUGUCAUCUGGCUGGGAGAUUUGAACUACAGACUGUGCAUGCCAGACGCCAAUGAAGUGAAGAGUUUUAUUAACAAGAAUGACCUUCAGAGACUCUUGAAAUUUGACCAGCUAAAUAUUCAACGCACUCAGAAAAAAGCUUUUGUUGACUUCGUUGAAGGGGAAAUCAAGUUUGCUCCCACUUAUAAGUAUGAUUCUAAAACAGACCGUUGGGAUUCCAGUGGAAAAUGCCGAGUUCCAGCCUGGUGUGACCGAAUUCUUUGGAGAGGAACAAAUGUUAAUCAGCUUCACUACCGGAGUCACAUGGAACUGAAAACCAGUGACCAUAAGCCCGUUAGUGCUCUCUUCAAUAUUGGGGUGAAGGUUGUAGAUGAACAGAGGUAUCGAAAAGUGUUUGAAGAUAUUGUGCGCAUUAUGGACCGAAUGGAAAAUGAUUUCCUUCCUUCCUUAGAACUCAGCAGGAGAGAGUUUGUGUUUGAGAAUGUGAAGUUUCGGGAACUACAGAAGGAGACGUUUCAGAUCAGCAACAAUGGACAGGUUGCCUGCCAUUUUUCUUUCAUCCCAAAACUUAAUGACUCACAGUACUGCAAGCCAUGGCUUCGGGCUGAACCUUUUGAGGGCUACUUGGAGCCAAAUGAAACAAUAGAUAUUUCCCUUAAUGUGCACGUCAGCAAAGAUUCUGUGACCAUCCUGAACUCAGGAGAAGAUAAGAUUGAAGAUAUUCUUGUCCUUCACCUGGACCGAGGCAAGGAUUACUUCUUGACGAUCAGUGGAAAUUACCUCCCCAGUUGUUUCGGCACAUCCUUAGAGGCUUUGUGCCGUAUGAAAAGACCUAUUCGAGAAGUUCCUGUUACCAAACUCAUAGACUUGGAAAACACCGUAGGGGAUAAUGAUGGAUCCUCUGGCCCACAGUGGUCUGAAAGGAAAUUCCUUUUCAUUCCAGAGGGACCUUCAAAUGAAGAAGACAACCUCCUAGAAAAGGAGAAGUCCCUUCUGCAUAUGGUUCCCUUGGAUGAUGGUGCCAGUGAGAGACCCCUUCAGAUCCCCAAGGAGAUCUGGCUUCUGGUAGAUCACUUAUUCAAGUAUGCCUCUCAACAAGAGGACCUGUUCCAGGAGCCUGGGUUGCAAGAUGAGUUAAAGGCAAUCAUUGAAUGUCUGGAUACCACCAUUCCUGAGAAAGUUCCUGGCUCUAAUCACUCUGUGGCAGAAGCACUGGUCAUUUUCUUGGAAGCCCUACCAGAGCCUGUCAUCUGUUAUGAGUUGUAUCAGCGGUGCCUCGACUCUUCUCAAGAUCCCCGGAUAUGCCGGCAGGUGAUUUCCCAGCUUCCAAGAUGCCACAGAAAUGUUUUCCGUUACUUGAUGGCAUUCCUCCGCGAACUCUUAAAAUUCUCUGAGUAUAACAAUGUCAACGCCAACAUGAUUGCUACUCUCUUCACUAGUCUUCUCCUGAGGCCUCCACCCAACCUUAUGGCAAGACAGACUCCAAGUGACCGCCAACGUGCUAUCCAGUUCCUUCUGGGAUUUCUGCUUGGAAGUGAUGAAGACUAAGCCUCUUCCCCUUCUACUCUUCAAGAGUCUAGAGGAAGAAGACCUUUUGCACCAAGUAUUUUAGACUAACAUGAAAAAUCAUGCUACAGAAAGGGGCCUCAAACUGUUGGCAUUGAAAACAAAACCUACUAUUUCUAGUGCAAAACAAAGAGUUUCCUAGUCACUCCUUUACCAUAUUCUACACAGCAGAAUACUUUUAGACUUAUAUUGCCAAGCCAAAGUUACCGUAUUUUGGUGUUUAUGUGUUUUCUCUUUAUACAACAAAGAGAUCUGUAUUUACACUCCUUUACCUGGGGAUGUAUUUGUUGCCCUCCUGCCCAGCUGUCAUGAUAAUCCUUUGCACCCUAGGUCUAGAUUCUGAGAUGUUCCCAUUCUAGGCCUACAGGCACUACUUAAUAAUAGCUCAGACUUGUCCACGGUCAAGCACUUUUGCCCCACCCCUCCCGGUACCGCCCCUUUGCACUCUACUCCAUUAGUUCCUACCAUGCCAAAGGACGUCUGAGUCAGGUUAGUGACUCUCUGAGUGUCCUCAACAGUGUGGCCUAACUGUCUCCAUGUGAUUAUUACCUGCAUUUGUGCAUUUCUACUAAAUGGCAUCUGUAUGUCUCUGCAAUGUUGGCACUGGGUGGAACCAUAUCCUAUAAAUAUUCUCUGCUACCGUAUUUAGUAGCGGAAUUUUCAGGAGUGUUAGGGAUCACAUCUCAUUGAUGUGAGAGAAUCACAGAGUGGAAGCACUUUGAGCAUUUCAGGAGUAAGAAUAUUUGUGCUUGACAAGUCUUGCUUCCUACUGUCCCUUUUUGUUCUUAGUCACAUGUUAUGUAAUAAGUAUCCUGGAUGUCUAUAGCACCCACCCCCCCACUUAGAAAUCCAUCUCAGGAGCAACUCUUACACUACAGUCAAAAGCAAAACCUGCAUCUCCAGGGGCCUCUUUAGAGAUGCUGUUGCUUUCACCAAUGAGGACAUGGAGGUCUCUGAAGUCUCAGGCUGGCUAUCACUCUCUCCUUCAGCAGAGCUGACUCUCAGCUAGUCCACCAGCUCCCAGCAGUUCAGGCAUCUUAUUCAGGCUGCAUAAAAGAAACUGGGCAGUGGAACCAACCAAGCAUCUUUCUCUCCCACCCAAGACAACCCUCUGAGCUUUUCAUUUACUCAAGCUCUGGGGUAGCCUUUUGGAAAAUUUAGAUUGCUUGAAAAAACAGCCACCAAUCACUGAGUGUAUCAGUGCAGUUGACUUUCUCCUGGUUUGCUUUCUUCAAAACCACCGAAUCAACUUAUUCUUGUCUGUUACAGACAGACUUUCUAUCUAACCUUAAGCAUUGAGCCCUAACUCCUCAGACCGUUUAAGGAGAGAGCCAGGACAACACCACCACUGAAUGGUUCUCCAGAUCUCCCAUCUCCCAUUGGUUGAGUUCUUUGAGAUAAGAGAGGAUAUAUUCCUAUAAUAUAUAAUUCAGCAUUUUCCUGAUGGGGAGUUGUGGAGCUCAGAAUCAAGUUACUGCCAAAUAGCCGCAGAUCUGACAUAUCAGGGGCUAGAUGUUGAAUUAAUUGGUUAAUGGGAGGGGCUGAGUGAUAGUAUGGGGGGUAGGUCACUUGCCAUGUGAUUGUUUGGUUCCCGGUACCCUAUAUGGUCCCCUGAGCCCACCAGGAGUGAUCCCUGAGCACAAAGCUAGGAGUAUGUUCUGAGCACCUCUGGGUGUAGUCCAGAAAAAAAAAGUUAGUGGGGGACUUGAGCAGAACCUUCUGUCAUCUACAGUAGCAAUAUAACUGCCACAGCAGAGGCAGAUUUUCAUUGCUGUGGCAAAGUCCUAACACAAAGACAGGGUAGAACGUCUCCUAGGCAACGUUUUCUAGUUUAUUACCAACCUGGGACCUUGAGAUGUUCAAAGACGUGGUUAGCGUGCUGUGUGCAGCUUCCUAGCUGUUUCUUUAGAAGUCAGAUGAUCUCCGUUAAUUUACUGCCACAACCAUUUGUCUAGGGGUUAAGGACAUCAGACAAUCUCUAAGUAGAGGGGCAUAAGAAAUCUGCUUCCCUCCUGUGCCUCCUCCAGCACUCAACCGCUAAUUCCUAAGUACCUCUAACGUGUUCUUUCAUAGCCUCUCUAAAGUAAGGAGUUCAGCUCCCGUUGGUAGGAAAGGACCCUGCAUCUGCUGUUUGGGGGAAGAAAUGAUUCAAACCCACAUGGUGAAGUUACAUUAGUCUCCCUUUUACUGUUUUCUGAUUCUUAUUCUGUAAUUGUUCUAUUUCCCCAAAAUGUCUUGGUCACUAAGCAAAGCUGCUAGUGGAAUUCCGUAUUCCGUAUCAUCUUUUUUUAUUAUAAUUUAUUGCAAAUUUUUUUCUGAAUAAAUAUAUGUUGUGUGAAAAAACAGAGCAUUAUUUCGGUGGGGAAGAAUCAAAGAGGGAAGUUAAGUUUGGGUCCCAUUUGAGUGCUGGAGUCCACACAGCUCUGCCUAUAAUUAUCAUUUACUGUCUCAC